AUGAAGCUGGCCGUCGCUCUUCUCGCUGGCGCUAGCUUGCUUCCUGGCGCCCUGUCCUUCACGAAUGCAUGCAAAGAAGGUCUUCUAUACUGUGGCAAAACCCUGGAGCAGUAUCAUGGAUACUCAACUCAGGAGCUCAUGUCGGUUGUCUUCAUGGGCAAUCUGGAUGCCCUUGUUAAACCGGACGAUGCGCUCUUCAAAUGCAAAGAUUCCAACGGUGGCAUACAACUGAGUACUUUCUGCUAUUUGGGUUGCAUUCAGCCUCCAAAUGGUGAUACCUGUGCCUCGGCAACUUAG